AUGCUGGGCUGCGCCGUGCCGCGGGCGAUGGCGCGCCUGAAAUCGGAGCAGCGCGGCGCGCUGCGGGUCAGUAAUUUCCAAAGAACAAAUGUUCCAACUGGAACUAAUACAGUUUUCCAUGCUUUCAGUGUACGAUUCCCCCUACGAGAUUGGAAUACUGUCAGCUCCAGAGGUGCAGGAGGCGGAGGCGGCGCUGCUCCGGGCAUCAUUUUCGACCAACACCAUCAACAGCAGCAGCAGCAGCAGCAGCAGCAGCAACAACAACAACAACAGCAACAGCCAGCUCCUCCACCACCCCCUCCCCCAGCCCCGCCGCAGGCGCAACAACAACAGCAGCAGCAGCAGCCACAACAGCAGCAGCAGCAACAGCUGGGAGGUGUGGGCGGCGGCGGCGGCACUCCGCUAGCCGCGCUGGGGCUGUCGGUGUCGGCGCUGCAGGCGGUCAGCGCCGCCGCUGCCGCGGCCUCCGGGGAGCCCGGCGUGCGCUCGGUGCGCGUGUCGACGCCGCUGGACGACGGGCAGGGCCAGGCGCUGCUGCCGGCGCACGUGCGCGCCGUCGACGCCGAGGCGGGCUUCGUGUGCGCCAAGUGCCGGCUGGUGUUCGCGGCGGAGGCGGCGCUGCUGGCGCACCAGCGCGUCGCCUGCUACGCGGGGCAGGCGGCCGCCGAGCGUCGCGCCGCCGUUCGGCUGGUGCGCGCGCAGCGCUUCGAGUGCACGCUGUGCCCGGCCGACCUGGGCGCCUCGCUGGCGGAGGCGCGCGCGCACGCCGACUCCGAGCCGCACCGCGCCCGCCUGCGCGACUCGCCCUCGCUCUCCCACCAGAUGGAGGACGUCGUCAACCAAAUCACGCUGCUGGCCGCCCGAGCCGCCGCAGAGAGCACCGACUCGAACGCCAACAUCGCCACCGGCGCGGCCUCCGUCGACGGCUCGGCCGCCAAGGGCAUGGCGGCGGCCCAGCAGAAGCGCUUCUCGCCGGCAAUGCAGCCGCUCGCUGCCGCCGUGCCCAGCACCGGCCAAUAGCUGACCCUCUGGGGCCACAACCCCCUCGCCUCGGCUCUCCGCGUGGGAGUCUCGAGCACCCACCUGUGACUCUGCAGGUGAUCGACCCCUCUGCCCGACCAAUUGUACACUGGCAGAUGCUGGGGCGGAACAUUCCACCAAACAUACUGCCAGAUGGUCUCUCCGCCGCACAUUCCCGUGACCGACCACUAAAUUGCAGGAAAUAUUUUCAGUCCUCUAGCCCCCUGGAGCAAAAACGAUUGGCAAAUCCAUAAUAGCCAACCUCAUGGCCGUAAGUUGGGAUCCGAUCCCCUUUCCUCCCCCCCCCCCCCCUAAAAAAUCUGAACCUUUCAAACAUUUAAAACUACCGAGAACCAUUCUGACGUAUGUUUGUAGAAUAUUUCGCCCAUAACUUCUGCGCGUGAUCCGAAUGGGAUCACCAACCGCGAAAUGUCUGAAAAAUUGUAAUAUCGGCACUGGCCUGUCAAAUUAUUGUAACGUAUGGACAAGUAGUCCGCGGCUGGAAACAACUGCUGCUGCCGUCGACGUACCAGGCCUCCGUUCGGCUGUGACACUGCCCGAACUCUGGACACCUAUUCUCCUGUACCGUACAACGACACACGUAGUUAACUCGUGGUAAUAGUUUACUCACUCUCCUCGCAAAUAAUGCCGCAACAGAGGCAGAUCCUAUGCUGGAGAAGUAUUUUACAGUUCCAUAAAUAGCUUGUAAUGACAAAUGACAUGUCUUUUAUUAUUUUGGGCUUUUAAAAAAAUCUAUGUUGUUUGGUGUAGACAUUGGAGAAAAAAAAGAAAGUUUAGUAUCCGACGUUUGUAGGUCAAGGGUAGACUCUAAAACGUUCUGUUUGUGAUUCUAUGUCGUGUAAUAUUAAUUAAAGCGAUGGAACGGUCGCAGUUAAAAAACUGUGAUUGUGUGAUUCUUUUUCGUCAAGCGUGCCAGGUUUUUAAAAAAUAACCGUACACACGUGAGAUAUUCCUAACACUUCUCAUAGGAAGAAAUACUACAUACAUAGUUACUAUUUAUUACAGAUAUGUAACAAAGAUAGUUUUGGAAUGAGUUUUAUCAUCUGAAUAAACUUAAUGGAGAUGAUAAUUGUUUACUUGAGAUUUAUUAUUUUUGGGCUAGACCAAAUCAUGUGUUGUGAUUAGGUGUGUAUGUGUGAUAGUCAAUACCGUGGAGCUGUACUAACGUAAUUUUACUAUUACUUUUGUAUCCCUCAUAAGUACUUUUGUGUACUGUUGGCAAUAAUUUCCUUACUGAAAAAAAUCAUUAUUGUUGCAAUCCGCAUCAGUACGUUUAUCAACUGUUUAUUUUCUUUCGAAUGGUAAACAUUGGAUUUAUUUUCUAAUUUAUACUGACUGGUUUGUUACUAGAGUCUUAUUUGCAAACAGCUACUAAGGCGUUGACUGCACCUACAGAGCAGCCACUGGAGUGUACCGAGUUCCUAAAGUAAAGCUGCAUGACCAGCGCCACUAACGAAAAUAUUCCUAAGCGUUUGGCACAGAGUUUAUUCUUCUCACGGAGUGUAUACAUGUUGAACCGUACUGAACUGUGCUUGAAAGACUGUUGCACGUUUCACUAGAAUGUGUCUUCUUUUGUUGUCGCCUCGUGGGCAACUUUACAUUUUUAAUGAAAAGUAACGUAAUGGAAGUAUGAAUUUGGCAGAGUAUUUCACAGUAGCUACGCAAAUCUAUUCAAAAUCUGAGCAUUGUGGCUACAGUAUAUUGAUCGUGCAUGUGUAAAUAUUAAGGCAAUGAUUAUUAACUGCAAAUUACUAUAAAAUUGUAGAGGGAGAAACUUUAUAAAUGUCAUGAAAUUUUAAUGAUAAUGAAAUCCAAACCUCGCUGCUUUCUGUGACUUUGGAGUACUGAGAUGACAAUUUUUAAAAGAAAAUAAUUAUGAGUAAAGAAAAAAACAUAUAUUAAAAACAAGUGACUAGCUUAUUGUUUGUGUAUAUGUCAGUUUGUUUCUGGUUGUACUAUUAUCAUGUUAUUAUUCUACACGUUAAACACACGCAAAUGUAUACACACACAUACACAAACACAGACACAUACAGAUACAAACACACACGAAAAUGUAACCAAGACACGUCUACACAAAAAAUUACACUUGAAAAGUUUAAAAACUAAUGUGAAAAAAGAGAAACUGUGUUCUGUCAGAUUUGGGUUCUGUUUAGCUCAGCAGAUAGGGUCCAAUGUAUGAAAACUUUUGUGUGUUAUUAACUUAAAAGAGAGUUGUAGCCACAGAGGCCAUAUUAAUUUCUCGGGAGGUGAACAGCCACUUCAGAGAUGCCUUUCUGAGCCAGGGUACUUUCUCAGUGAUGUCAACUAUGCCCGGUCAGUGGCUCGUAGCUGAGCGUAAGAAAUUCGGCGCUCACUUCCGGCCUCCCAGUACUAUGAGAACUAUCACUCGAAGUGUUCUUUAGCUUGUCACGCGUGAUUGUUUUAAAAGAAGGCUCGGAGCGCUCGUCAAAAGAUAAAAUCAGAUGUUUAAAUUUUAAGGAAGGAAAGAGUGAGAUAGAGAGAGUGAUGAGAAAUUAAAGAAACGGGCCGCCCUCGCAGCUCGGGACGAGGACGGCUCCGCAGAUUUUAAAAAGGGCUCGUCGGGGCGGUGGGCGUGGCGGCCGCCGGGGGCUGAACCGCCCCCGCAGUCGCCCGCUCGCAGCCUCGGCGGGCCUCAUCCCAGCACCCAAGGUUCCUAUCUUUAGCUAACAUUACUAAGGUUCCUGUUUAUGAAUGCUUUUUCUAUAAUAAUAAUAAUAAUAAUACUAAUGAUAAGAUAUUAAUAAUUGUAACUAUUAAUAGAUCUGUGUGCCGGGACGUGGUCGGUGUGUGCUAGGACGUGGAGUCGCCAUUUUUAAGGUGUGCGGGCGAACGCGUGGGUGGCUGGGCUACCGCCGCUCGGGGGCCGGGAGGCGGGGCUCCACCCCCGCCGCGCUCGCCUAGGCACUAGUGCUCAUCCUCAAUGCUAUGCCCUUUCCUCUUCUCAGUUCCUCUAACAAAACAUUUUAACGUCUCUGUUCCUUUCCGAUGUGAGUACGGGAGAAGGACGUACACAGCACUGCACAAACGCGCGGUUAUCUAUUUUGCUGUUCCUUGGUUUCGGACCCUCGACUCCUAAACUGCUGCCAGUUUCGAAGCAAAAUUAAUACAUCCUGAAAGCCCUUCACUCAAAAGAGAGAGAGACCCUUUUUUUUUACCGAUUUGCUAAAUCAAUCUCCUGCUUGCGCGGCAGUCGAUACAUCGGAACUAACGUUAACUGUAGGGUCGCCAGUACGCACCCAGGCAGUUGGGCCCGUUUGAAACCCAUCAAAUUGAGGAUAGGCAGUGGUUCGCCACCCGACGAAUUUCUCUGAUCGCGAAAACAAAAUUCUGCGCCGCAGUUCCUCAAGAGCGCGCACCCUGUGGGCCAGAUGUCGCCUAGCGACGAGCGGAGUUGCUAAAAAAAAGGAAAAGAAAGAAAAAUUUUUUGACCACGGUCUGGGAAAGAACACAAGUAUCCUUAAGAAGAUCAUAAUACGUAAUUGAAAUAUUUCAAUUAUAUAUUAACCAAUAGCUGAUAUAUAUUUUUAAUAUUUUCGUAUAUGAGCUGUUCCAUUUGUAUAAAUUUAUUGAAGGAGAUUUAACGAAUUUUAACAGCAGGGUGAAAACUGCAAGGGGGUACCGCGAUCGAGAUACAAUCAGAGAGCGGUCACAGAGUAAUAGAAGGAACUCGGAAAAUUGUGUGCAGCAGGGAAGGUGACUCUUUUUUAAAAAAAAAAAAUCGCACACCAGGCUCAGAAUUUCGUUUUUGCCGCCGUUCGUAAAAUCUAACUAUAGAACAAUCCUCCAGGCCAAACGCAGAAAGAAAAGCCGAAGAAACGCGCCCGGCAGAUGCAAAAUGAAGUAAAAAAAAACUGCUAUGUUGUGUGGCACUACAAAGCUUCUUAUUAUUAUAUAAAUAUAAUAAUGACGUACAAAAUACGAAACCUCGCCCAGUUUAAGUAAUAUUUGUAGUAAGUGUACGUAUGUGGAUAUUAUUACUAUAAAAAUUGUUUUUCUUUGUUCACAAGAUUUUUUGUAAAUGUACAUGAUAUUGAAGAUGGUGUGGUGAAGAUGCAUGUUAAAUGCAACUGAUUAUGGUUCCUAGUAGAUUUCAUAUCUUUGAAGAUAAAUAAAUUAAACUUAUUGUGCAGGGGGGCAAACUGCCAUAAGUGAAGUUAUAGUUGUAUGUACUGUACUACCUCCUCGCCGCCUGUCUCUCAUGCAGCCCAGCCGCAAGCCUACACUCCCGGCCGUGCGUGCGCGCCGCCCACCCUAUCCAGUCCGUCUCCCGGGCCCUCCUCAAAGUAGGACCGUUCUCGCUCUUGGACACUGUCCACUACUAAGGCCUCGUUCCAUCAUCUUCUGUCUGUACCGGCCACUCCUGUAACAUAGCGAGAACUGCUAGCUCCAUUAGCAUAGCAAAGUGUUUUUUGCUGCGAGAAAAGACCAAUUGCUACUUUCACCAAAGGAUUGCCACCUACAGUGCGAUAUUCCACCGGGUCAAAAUGGUACUAGAGCACUGUGUUCAGUGGUUUUAUCCUGACCGGGAAUGAAGCCGCCAUUACGUUCAGGAAACGUACAGAGCAUGCUGUAGCUUCCACGGGUGGGCGAUUCGUUGCGCGGCCGAGAGAGCGAGGCACUGACAACUUACCAUAUCAUGGGCACACGCAACCGCCCCCAUCCUAAGUUCUCUCCUCCAAACCCCCCCCUCCCCCCACCCAGUUGAAACUUGUUAAUUAUUACGAGAAUUAUUUGAGCUGUUAUGUGUUGUAAGCAUUAUUGUUAACACGAGGAUUUUUCUGCUACUCGUCCCGCAAGCUCAUUAUGACAAGAAAACUGAUUUUGUUGUAUUGCCAUAUAUCAAAUUCCCCACCCAUUUGAGGCCUCGCCUCGAUUUCGGUCUGCACUAGAUGGAGUGUUAGAUGCUUAGAACAGGUCGGUUCUAUCACACUGAAACUAUCCUUGCGGUUUUGGGCUUUCCUUCGAUGUGUUUUCAUAGUCUGGUAGAGAACAGAUUUGUUAAAAAGUACAAAUUCAUGUCGCAUUAGCAGCACAGCAGAUCGGUUAGCAGCUUCUGUCGCUCGCCGUGUACCUACGAGCAUCACGUCACUGCUUAAAUACUUCGUUAGUUUUUCACAAAAUUUUGCGGAGUGUUCGCAUAUAUAAUUAUUUUAUAUCUCAGUAUAUUUUACUUGAAGAAAUACACGAGACAGAAUGAAACUUUGUUCCUAUUGAAGUCGUCCAAAUAAAGAACUAUGUUGUCAUUAAAGUAAAAAAAAUAUUUAAUAUGUACACCACUGUGAACUAAAACGAGCAUUUUAUAUGUGUGUGAAUUACAUAGACUAUGAAAGAGUGAUAUAGUCAUAUUACUGUAGAGAUCUCACUGCUCUAUUGUUAUAAUUGUGGCUAGAGUGUGUAGAAACCUAUUUCGAUAGUCGAGAAUGCAGAAAUUCUAUAAAUGUUUUGAAUUAGAUUUAGAUUUCUAUGUUAGAAUUGUGUGUAAACCAGUGUGAGCAAGCUACCUCUCACAUUAGAUGCAGCUUCAGGCGCGUGCCGUCACUAGACACAGAAAUUAGAAAUUUGAUAUAUGGUUCUACAUGUAGAAAUCUGCAUUUCUGUACUUCUGUACUGCUACAUGUUUUCAAAAUCAGUUUUCAGUACUCUCUGAGUGGGUACAGUGUCAAAAGAUACUUUGAAGAUUACUAUCCAACUCAGGUUUAUACAGUCUGUUAAUGUUACUGAUUUCUGAAUGCUAGCCGUCGGUUGUGUCAACCUUUAUUCGUGUUGUUUCAGCCUUUAUUCGUGUGCACACAUUUUUCGCACUUUACAGUCGACAGCCAAAUUUGUCGUGAAACUGAAAUGCUGUAUUGUACUGAUAUCUGCUGUACUCCUCCUUUCUUUUUAUGCAUUAACUAUACUAACUGCAUGUGCAUGAGUAACUUUUAUGACGUUCUUUAUUCUAUCCUUUUUGUGCAUUUCUGUUUUCGAGGGUUAAUGAAGGUAUAAUUAUUUUUACUUCUUUAGUUACUUCUUCAUAAUGCUCGGCAUCCUCAUUGUUUUUCAUUUCCUCUAUUGUGAUAGAGUAAAAUGUGGGUGCUGGAUAUUGAUUUCACAUUUUUGCUUUUUACUACACCCAUUUAAUUUGAAAAUGAAAUUCAAGAUUUCUGAUAUCCAUCGCUGAAAAUAAUUUGUUGGGCGCGACAGGUCUAAUCCGAAACAUAUCUUUUUUCUUUUGUUACAACUUGUUUCUCUUUUUUUGCAUUUUAUUAUUUGUUUUCGUUUUCGUGUUAUCCGAAUGUAGACAGAAUUAAUGAUGAGCAGUAGGAAGAACUAUGUAGUUAGUAUGAGUUAGUGUAUGAAUCUGAAAGCUUGAGUUAUUUGUGUGACAGAUGAUUUCGACUCUCUCAUGGAAGUAAUCUCUGGUGAAAUGAAAAAACACAUUUCUUGCUAUGUUUUUUGAAUAAGUAAAUGUUUGUUUAGAAAAUUGUGAACAUUAUGAAUGCUACAGCCAAACGUUUAUUUAUCUAGAAUUUUAUAGAUAAAUAUUUAUUUAAAGCCCAUUGAACGAUGUUUGCUUUUGCCUUUCUGACAUGCUUAGUCUAUAAUUGUGAAUUUGUAAAUUCAACGAAUUCAUGUCAUGUUUGUUAAGUUUACCUGAUCACAUAUGUGAUUGACACGUUCAUCCUUAUUAUGCUGAAAUGAAAAAAUGUUUUGCGAAGUGCAAAAAAACCAUAUUUUAGAUACUUAGCAUCUAUUUACUUAAACAAAUUUCACAGUUCUCACUGACAGAAGGUUUUCUUUUUCUGCUUGUACAACAUUUUCGUAAAAGCCGUGAGGAAAUAUCUGUUGACUUGAAUUAUUUGUGAUUUUUAUUGUAAAAGUAUUUGUGAGAGACUUUAGCAGAAAUGUCCAAACUGUCAUUUAGUAUGUUUGUUAUUAGUAAAUAGUGUAUAGUUUUUCUUAAUGACGCAUGUCUUAUGUAUGUCUCAUUUGUAUAUUACUUCGAAGUACAUAUUAUUGCUGUAUAAUUUUGUUCGUUUUGCCAGGCAGAAAAAUGAAAUGUUUUAUAUAAAUAUAUUAAAUUACUAAUUCUAAUUUAUUUUUCCUCAAUCUCCUCCCUCCCCCUCACGAAGGCAAUGUUUGUGAUGUAUAUAUUAUUACAUAUUAUUAAUUAUUAUUAAUGUGUAAAGGCCCAUGACAUUGAGGAGAUGUCUUUUUUUAAAUGCAAAUGUUCGUGGGUGUAUGUGAGAGAACGCGAAAGUAUGAACAUGUGUGAAAGUAAUGAAGCUGCUCUAUAAUGUUUGCAAGAGACUGUACGUAUUAUCUUUUAAACAAAAGUAUCUCACUGGUCAAGAUUAUGCCAAGUUUUUUUUAAUGGCUCACAGAAUAAAACAAAAACAUUAAAAAAAUUACUAUUCACACACCCAAAUUGUAUCAGUUUGGAUUCAAUAUUGUAAAUGGUAAUAAAC